AUGGCAGUCAAUCAAUUUACACCAAAGCAGCUAGAGAAGCUACGGCAAGAAAGAGAACCUUUAGUGGAAAAGUAUGGUAAUAUUCUGGAAACCACAGAACUUAGGGAGGGAAAUGACCUCCCAAUUAUUGGGAAAUUUAUUUCUAAUUGGAAGCAAACCAAAAUGCUUGAAGCUUUCUCAUAUUUCUUCUUGUCAGGUGAUCCAGUUGUAGAUGACAAACUCAAAAAAUCUUUCAUUGUCAGAGACGACGAGAUGAAACUUGGACUUGUUGCUGGAGCUGCAUGGGGCUCUUUAUUUGCACUUUUGCCAGCAUGGCGUGGAUAUCCUAUUGGAGCAAGAAUUUUUGUUGGAUUGAUCCCAUUCUCCCUUUCCGUAUAUCGUGGCUAUAGAAGAGGGGUUGAUCACGUUCUUUAUGUUGGAGAGACAUUCAUGGAGUUGCAUCUAAGACGUCGAGCUGUCAUUAAGAAUUUAUUGUAUGACCCUGAUUCUGAACCUGAAUUCUAUGAUUACAUCAAAAAAUCUGGCCAACUUGAGAGACUCGCGAAGAAGUAUAGACUUAUAAAGGAAAGAAAGAUCAGAACCUCAUAG